GUUAUGGGAUUCGGUACCACAUCGUUUCAGGGCAGCAUUUCUACUACUCUGCAACACGUAAAUUCGACGGCCGUCAGUUUCGCUACCUGUGCCCGGCAAUACAGGGGUAUUUCCAACAUCGAUCGGGACAUUAUGCUCUGUGCCGGUACGCAAGACAAUGAAGGAUCCUGUCAGGGAGAUUCUGGUGGUCCUUUAAUUAAUGCCAAUGGUGUUCAGGUGGGCAUUGUCAGUUUUGGUGUCGGUUGUGGCGAUAGCGAUUUUCCUGGUGUUUAUGCGCGCACGUCAGGGGCUGCCGACUGGAUUUCUUCACAAAUU